UCCGGCCGGAGGCUUUUUUUUUCUGUGCUCAGUGAUAUCCGCUGGGGGCUGGAGUGGGGGAACGAAUCCGGAAGUCAACAACAUGUCGAGUCGGCACCAGAACCGAAUUGCAGAUUUCCAGGAUGUCCUGAGGGAACCCAAAAUUGCCCUGGGAAAGCUUCGGGAACUCAGUUUCAGUGGGAUCCCCUGUGAGGGUGGACUGCGCUGCCUUUGCUGGAAGAUUCUUUUGAACUACCUCCCUUUGGAGAGAGCCUUAUGGACCUCCAUCCUGGCCAAGCAAAGGGAGCUGUAUUCCCAGUUCCUGAGAGAAAUGAUCAUUCAGCCUGGCAUAGCCAAAGCUAACCUAGGUGUCUCUAGAGAGGAUGUCACCUUUGAAGAUCAUCCACUCAAUCCAAACCCUGAUAGUCGGUGGAACACCUAUUUCAAGGACAAUGAGGUGCUGUUGCAGAUAGACAAAGAUGUCCGGAGGCUAUGCCCAGACAUAUCCUUUUUCCAGAGACCUACAGAUUACCCCUGCCUCCUUAUCCUAGACCCUCAGAAUGAAUUUGAAACCCUCCGCAAGCGGGUGGAACAGACCACAUUGAAAUCUCAGACAGUGGCAAAAAAUCGGAGUGGAGUCACCAAUAUGAGCUCACCUCAUAAGAGCCCAGCCCCAAAUUCACUAAGUGAGUAUGAAGUGCUGCCCAAUGGCUGUGAAGCUCACUGGGAAGUGGUGGAGCGAAUUCUGUUCAUCUAUGCCAAGCUGAACCCGGGCAUUGCUUACGUCCAGGGCAUGAAUGAAAUUGUGGGCCCUCUCUACUACACUUUUGCCACUGAUCCCAAUAGUGAAUGGAAAGAACAUGCUGAGGCAGAUACAUUUUUCUGCUUCACCAACCUGAUGUCUGAGAUCCGGGACAACUUCAUCAAGAGCCUGGAUGACUCCCAGUGUGGCAUCACCUACAAGAUGGAAAAGGUGUACUCCACCUUGAAGGAAAAGGAUGUGGAGCUCUACUUGAAGCUGCAAGAGCAAAACAUCAAGCCACAAUUCUUUGCUUUCCGAUGGCUGACUCUGCUGCUGUCCCAGGAGUUCCUGCUUCCUGAUGUCAUCCGCAUCUGGGAUACCCUCUUUGCUGAUGAUAACCGAUUUGACUUCCUUCUCCUUGUCUGUUGCGCCAUGUUGGUAUUGAUCCGGGAGCAGUUAUUGGGAGGAGACUUCACCUUGAACAUGAGGCUGCUUCAGGAUUACCCCAUCACAGAUGUUCAUCAUAUCCUACAAAAAGCCAAGGAGCUCCAGGACUCGAAGUAGGUCGGUAGCAGAGAGGCUCAGGACUCCAACUACUUAAGGAAAGACCCUAUGGUCAGGGCUGAGUCUGUGUCAGCCCUUGGAGACUACCAGAAGGCUCUGCUUUGCCUGGAGCUAUUGGAGCAGUAGUACAGUUCAAGCUGAUUGAAUACCCUGCUCUAAGUAUCAUUCAUCCACAUGACCCAAUCAGCACCUCUGCAGCAGCCCCAUUCUUUUAUAAUUUUUAUUUUCUUAGUUUGACUCUUCAUUAUCUGUCUAUUUCCUUGUCAAUCUCCCUACCCUCAACACACUCCACAUCUUAUCAGUGAUUUCUUCCCUGCUAUUUCAAGAUUGGAGCCAGCCAGGCUUACUUUCUUUAGGAGGAUUCUGUUAGAUUACUGGGCUGUGUGGAGGUUGACAAGGGUCCUUUCAUGUCUCUACCUCCCUAUUUUUCCCUUGGUCCUGCUGCUGGGGAUCAUAAUUAUUGCUUUUCCUGCUUUUGGGGAUGCCUCACCUUCUAUCUUGGGAAUGGGUGGGGAAGUAAAGAACUGUCCAGAGGCCCUUCAUUCCUCCUCUUAGCAGGGAUUUUGAAAACAUCUCCUCUGAGAAAGCAACACUAGAGAAUCACCAAGAGGCUGAUUAUGAGGAACUUUUUUAUGCUCUUGUUGUUUCUCUCUUCCUUCUCUUUCAUUCUUCUCUUUUGCUUUAUUUUAUUUCCCCUACCAAUAUGAUCAAAUGAAUUAGAUGAAUAGAAUCACCAGAUAGUGAAUCAUGUGAUGACACUAAAAACCCAUUUUCAGGAAGCCCAGGACAAUGUCAGUAUGCAGUCAGUAUGACUAGACAGGUUUAGGAGCUUGGAAGUCUCUUCUACCCUAAAGUCCCUCACCUUCAAACCUCUGCCCACCUUUUUUGGCAGGUAUAAAGUGUUUUCUGAAUUUGGCAGGCCUAGGAUUCCUCACUGCCCAGUUAAAGAUCUCUGUCUUUGAGAUCAAGAUAGCUAAGUUUUGUCCUAUGGAUGUUUUGAGCCUGUUACCAACUAGAAAACCUUUGUUGCUUCUCUUCCGUUACUAGUUCUUGUCGUUAGCACCCUAACAUGGUACCACUUGUCUGGAAAGGGCUCGAGGACCAUGGAAAGCAGUGUAUCUCAUUUCUUCAGUUCAAAUCCAGGGUUUUAACUGGAAAUGAAAAGUUCUUAAUAGGAAAAUGGCUUAGAAUUAUUAGCUUAUACUAUUGGGAAUAAGAGUUAGAUAAUGAGGAAACUGGAAUCAGUAGACUGUUCCCACUGGGAUCAGUUGCUGACUUCAGUCAAUUGCUCAUAGGCACUUACUGUAUUUACAUUGGAGUUUAUCUCCAAAGUGAUUUCCUGAUGCUAAUGCUAAGGACUGAGGAGCCUGAAGGUGCUAGUACAGAGAAAUCUGUUUACUUAGGGAAUAAGCCAGCUCUGUUGGCAUAGACACCAAAGCAGGUCACUCUUAGAAGGCUUUGCUGGUCAGCUAGCUCUAGUUUGACCCCUUUGGAAGCCACUUCUCCUCUUGCAGUGGGUGAAUGUGUGACUUACUUUUGUCCAAAAGCAUGUUAUUUCUCUUUGGAGUUUGUAUGUAUGAUGUUAGACAAUAGAAAGAAAAAGGUAUUAAUAUGGAGAAGGUACUAAAUUUUGUUGUUUUUUUUCCCCCUUUCUUUUAUCACAUGCUAUCCAGCAGGACCAGGGUCUUUUGAGUCUGACUUUCCAGGCUUUCUCCCCAUUGUGUGCCUCCACAGGUGUUUCUCAAGCUCGAAUUCUGCCAUAUUCCUGAUAAGAAGACAGUUACUUUUGCUGGUCCCCAUUGGUCCAGGGUCCUCAUUCUGUUUCUACCAGGGUCUUCUUGAUAAGCUUCUUAAUUCUGCUUUGCCCUUCUAGCUCUAUCGGUAUCUGGGAGACUACUAAAACUUCAUUAUUUAUUGCAAAUGAGUAGGUUUGGUCAUGGAAUUGAAUGUAUGACCCUUAUGACUUGUCAGAGUUCCCAGAAGAUCCUAGCACUUCUCUUUCCCUGUUUUAUUUUUGUAGCAGUCUGAUUACAGUUUCUGAUGGUCUCUGCCACUUUUGUAAUCUUGAUUCUGAAAGGAGAGGAAAAAAAUAGAUGAUUUCCUUCCUUUUGGACUUCCCACCUCACGGUACUUGUCCAGAUAGUAUCCUGGAUCAUUCCUUGUAAUUACUUCUGAUUGGAGCUCUGGAGUCUCUGGUAUUCUUAAGGCAGUAAGAAGGCAACUUGAACAUAAACAGCUUGUAGAAGAUAUUCUCCAUUUCCCACCCUAUCAUCAAGUUCUAUCGGCUGUCCUAGAGAAUUUCAAGGGAUAAGGCACGCACUUGAAGUACUUUGGAGCAGUUAGAACUUUCUUCCCAUUUACUGGGUUAGAAGAAAAUUAUUCUGUCACUAAUUUUCCUCUUGGAUGACCCUCUAUAAAACUCUGAAGAAAGGAGGAAGGAAACUGAGUCAUGUUUUCUAAAUCUGACCCUCUUAAGAUUGUCCACCAGCUUUUCUCAUGGAGUAUUAGAGCAGGUGGUCCCUUCUCUGGUUUUUCUUUUUCCUCUUCCAAGGACCCUAGACUGGAAAAAUAUUCUGUUUUACCUUACUAUAUCAGGAUUGUACCUCAAUAUUUUUAUGGCCUGAAAACUUUGGCUCAGGGGUCCAGCCAAGACUGCCCAGAUAUGCUCAGACACAUUCCCUUCUUGCCUUCUCCAGGCCUAUGCUGUGCGAUAUAUAUAUAUAUGUAUAGUCCUCUAACAAAAUGAUCCCGCCAAAAGCCUAUCACCACUCUACUGCCCUCACCUUUCUUGCCCAUAAAAGUAAGACUGGGAAUAUAAAGAAGAUGUUGUGUUAGCAAUGAGUCAAACUGACAGGUUUAAAUUGGGAAGUGUCCAAACCUUUGGUCUUAUUUGUUGCAUAUCUUCCUUCCCUUUGAUUAAUCCUUCAGAUUCAAAUUGUAGACUCAUGAAAAUGGUCAAGUCUACAGACCCGAGUCCUAAGUCAAGGGUCUCCUAUAAAGACUGGUACCUAUAGCAUUGGGUGGCUAGAGGCAAGCCUUUCUAUUGGAGAAAUUCCUCAAGAACUGGACCUAAGGCCCUAGCCCACACAUAAAACUUUUUCCAAUUUUGUGUGUGUGUGUGUGUGUUUAUGUUUAUGAUAUCCAGUACACUUUUCUUUGGAUUGCUCAGAAUGUCUUUUCUUUUAAAUUUUUUGUUUGUUAAUCAGUGCUGUUCAUGACAACUUGUCUUAAUAAAUCAUGUGUCUUUGCUUUGCAACAGA